CUUCCUUCAUGGUUUCAAGAAAUCUUCUCAGAUUCAGGAUUAAAAUCUAUCGCGUGUUGUUACCCUGAAUCUAUCUUGUUUGGAUUAUUUGAUCUUUUUAUCCGAUCAUUGAUAUUCUCACCAUCCGUUUGGUUGCUGAGAAAAGAAAAGAGAAACAUGGAAUAGACUACGUCAUAUUUCAAUUAUAGCUGAUUUUGAAACACUCAUGGCUGGAGGGAAUUUCAUGCACAGGGUUAUAUCUUACGUUGUGAAUGAGGUCCUUGUAAACGGUCUUGCCAACAGCCCUGCUUUUCAGAGAUUUGCUGUGAGGACAUCCAGGAGGAUGGAAGAUAUCUCAAAUAAGGCUGCACAGAAGAGGCAGGAACUUGCUGAGCAGGUGAAGGAGUUGUCAAAGAAUUUUGAGUCACCCAAAAAUCAGUGAGUUUUGAUGGCAUUGGUAGAGCGUGAUUCUGCAGCAGAUGUAUAUGAUUCCUCUGAAGUUUUCUACUUUUCUUAGGUGGUAUCUGAUGGAAGUCAGUUUUGUAUCAUGUGGCGUAGACAUAAACUUAUUGUUCUUGUACUAGAAUUGAUCAGCAGGAAUGGAAGGCAUAGUUUUCUGCAUCUGGAUAUGAAUAACAAAUAAUCAAAUUACAAAUGUAAUGGAUCCAUUUCUUUGAACUUCAUUUUUAGGUGUUUCAUCUUUGGCUCAAAUGAAUUAUUGUAAAUCUAUGUGACACAAUUGAGAGGGGCAAAUCACUUCGUACAUUUUGUUUACUUUUAGCUUUAUAAUUUAUGAAAAGAUUUGUGGAAAA